AUGAAACAAGACGAGACCCGUGGCAUGCCCUCUUUGAGCGAUGGGGAUGCCAUGAAGGUGUCGCCUAGAACACGUUCAGCAGGACUGGCCUACUUCCGACUGGAUCAUCUCAUUGAAGAGUUCAAUUUUUGCAGUACCGACGAGUUGGAUGGCAACCGGCGAUUCCGGUUGAUCCAGUUACGCAACGCCAAGCUGCCCGACUUCAAGUCCUUACGUAUUCCACCUUUUUCACGUGACAUACCUUCGGAUCUCUUUAAGGCAAGACUCGAACUAUGUCAUAUUCAACAAUACCUCAUUUGA